AUGACGGACAAAACCGUGCCCAAAUGUCAAUUGCGCUUAGAGUGGGUUUACGGAUAUCGCGGUCACCAGUGUAGAAACAACCUCUUCUACACUGCAACCAAUGAGAUCGUCUAUUUCGUGGCAGGCGUGGGCGUGGUCUUUGACAUCCGAGAGCACCGCCAACGCUUUUUUUUAGGCCAUAAUGAUGACAUUAUCAGUCUUGUUCUACAUCCUGACCGUCGACUUGUUGCUACUGGACAAGUAGGUAAAGAACCUUUCAUAUGUAUCUGGGACUCAGUUACCAUGGCAACAGUAUCCAUGUUGCAAGGUCAUCAUGAACGUGGAAUCACAUGCUUAGGUUUCAGUAGAGAUGGCCAGAAAUUGGUGUCAGUUGGGUUGAAUGAUCACCAUACUAUUGCUGUGUGGAAUUGGAAAAAAGGAAGAGUACUUGCAACAGCUGCUGGUCACUCAGACAGGGUGUUUGAUGCACAGUUUCAUCCAGGCAAUGACAAUGCACUUGUGAGUUGUGGUGUAAAGCAUAUAAAGUUUUGGACACUUUGUGGAAACAGUCUGGAUUCAAAAAAAGGAUUGUUUGGAAAAACCGGUGAAAUUCAAACUCUUCUCUGCUUGGCGUUUGGACCAGAUGAUGUCACAUACACAGGGACCCUCAGUGGUGAUGUCUACAAGUGGCAAGGAACUAACCUUGUUGCAUCAGUGCAAGGAGCUCAUGCAGGUCCCGUGUUUACCUUGAAUUCAAAUGAAGAAGGAUUUGCAACUGGUUCUCGAGAUGGCUCAGUUCGUUUAUGGGACAUGUCCUUCAAACCAAUCACAAAACUAGAUUUGACAGAAAUGACGGGAGGAUAUAAAGGACUGUCUGUACGAAGUAUCAGCUGGCUGGGUGAACAUAUUCUAAUAGGCACUAAGGACAGUGACAUAUAUGAGAUCUCAGUGAGAGAGAGGGACAAGCCAAGGCUAUUAAUGCAGGGUCAUGCUGAAGGUGAGUUGUGGGGAUUGGCAUCACACCCAAAACAGCCUGUAUUUGCGACUGUCAGUGAUGAUCAGACCUUGCGCUUGUGGAGUAUAGCUGAGAGAAGUGCUUUAGCAAGAAAGGAACUUGAUCAGAAGGCAAGAUCGGCAGCAUUCUCACCAGAUGGUGUUCACUUAGCUGUUGGAUUAAUGGAUGGAUCUUUCAUUGUGCUGAGAACAAAGGAUCUGACUGAAAUUACUCACCUCAAAGACAGGAAGGAGGUUCUUCAUGAAAUGAAAUAUUCUCCUGAUGGGGGCUGUCUAGCAGUUGGCUCUAAUGACAACUUUGUUGACAUUUACUCAGUUGCUCAACGUUAUAAGCGUGUUGGUCAGUGUUCUGGGAGCUCGAGCUUCAUCACUCACUUUGACUUUUCUCAAGACAGUAAAUAUCUUCAAACAAACUCUGGAGCUGCUGAGAGACUAUACUACAAAAUGCCUGCAGGAAAGCGAGUAACAAACAGAGAUGAAUUGAAAACAAUUCAUUGGGCAACUUGGACAUGCGUCUUGGGGCAAGAAGUCAAUGGCAUAUGGGAGAAAUACACGGAUACUAAUGAUAUUAAUGCAGCAGAUACAGUGUUUGACCAGGAGGCUGUUGCAACAGGCGAUGACUUUGGUCUUGUCAAACUCUUUCGUUUUCCUUGUGUGAAAAAAGGAGCUCGCUUCAGGAAGUACGUUGGCCAUUCAGCCCAUGUUACUAAUGUUCGGUUCUCACAUGACAAACGUCGUCUUUUGUCAACUGGUGGAGCUGAUCAUGCUGUCUUUCAAUGGAGAUUUUUUGGUGAAAGUAUGCCACUUGAGGACAGUCAAGGUAAAUAUACAGGUGCUUGUUGUCUGUUGCAGGUGUUGAGUAAGGUUUUUACUGUAGGGUUGGGUGAUUCAGCUAAUGAAGAAAGUGAUUCAGACUUGUCGGACAUUCCUGAGGCAGAUAGUGAUGUUGAACAGGAGCAGCAGAUCAAGUACGAUCGUGCUGUGUACAAAGAAGACCUUGCAACACUUGAAGCUAAAAUGAGUCGUACAAAGAAGGAUGAAACCACACAAGAAGCACGCAAGCAAACAGAGAAAAGGCAUAGGGCUCCGCCAAAGAGCUUACAACUUGAGUUUGUGCAUGGAUAUCGUGGUUAUGAUUGCAGAAGCAAUUUGGUCUACACAUCAACAGGAGAUGUUGUGUAUCAUGUAGCUGCUGUCGGUAUUGUCUAUAACAAACCAUCUCACAGGCAAAGGCACUAUCUUGCUCAUACUGAUGACAUUCUUUGUCUUGCUUUACACCCAAGUAAAGAUUUGGUGGCAACUGGACAGGUUGGUAGAGAUGCAACUGUUCAUGUCUGGGAUGCAGAAAGUAUUCAGACUGUUUCCAUAUUGAAAGGAGGAAUUUCUCGUGGAGUUUGUGCUGUUGAUUUUUCAGGUGAUGGUAAGCGAUUGGCAUCAGUUGGAUUGGAUGACAAUCACACAAUAGUAGUCUGGGACUGGAGGAAAGGGGAAAAGCUCGCUUCUGCUAGAGGUCACCAAGACAAGAUCUUCGUUAUUCGAUGGAAUCCUAAACUGAGUGAUGUGGUUGUGACAGUUGGCAUGAAACACAUAAAAUUUUGGACUCAGACAGGCAGUGGGUUUACAUCUAAACGAGGUACAUUUGGAGAUGUAGGAAAACUGGACACCAUGAUGAGUGUGACAUUCAGUCAGGAUGGACACUUGACAUUGUCAGCAGGAGUUAAUGGUCUUGUUUACAUUUGGAAUGGAACAAAUUUGGCUGAGACAGUAAAAGCACAUACAGGUCCAGUAUUUGCAAUUCAGACAGUAGAGAAGGGUUAUGUGACUGGUGGAAAGGAUGGUAUUGUUUCAUUGUGGGAUGAGAGUUUUAAGCAAUGUUUAAGAUCUUUCAAGAUUCAACGGACUUCAUUAUCAGCCAAUCCUCCAUCAAUGCUAUAUGCAGAUUUACCUCCUAUUCGUUCAAUAGCUCUUGGCCAAGGGCAGAUUCUGGUGGGGACAAGAAAUGGUGAAAUACUGGAAAUCAACAAGACAGGACCAAUGACUGUCCUAAGUCAGGGCCACAUGGAAGGAGAGGUGUGGGGACUCGCAGUGCACCCAGCUGAAAUGAUAUGUGCCACAGUCAGUGAUGACUCGACAUGUAUGAUAUGGGACUUGUCUUCACAUCGGCUGAAAAUGAUUCGCAAACUGAAGAAGCCAUCAAGAUGUGUUGCAUAUUCCCCAGAUGCCAGAGCUCUUGCAGUUGGAUUUAAUGAUGGAAGUUUUUCAGUAAUGGACAGUACAACACUAGAAGAUAUUAUUAGCUUUCAUCAUCGGAAAGAAGAAAUUUCAGACAUCAAAUUUUCUCCAGAUUCUGGUAAAUAUCUUGCUGUUGCUUCACAUGACAACUUUGUGGAUAUUUACAAUGUCAUGAGCAGCAAACGUGUUGGUGUCUGCAAAGGUGCAUCAAGUUACAUAACUCACAUUGAUUGGGAUGGAAGAGAAAAACUGCUUCAAGUUAACACUGGAGCUCGUGAGCAGUUGUACUUUGAGGCUCCUCGUGGAAAACGGCAAACUAUCAGGAGUACUGAAGUUGAGAAGAUGGACUGGGCUUCAUGGACAUGUGUGCUCGGGAGUACAUGUUCGGGAAUAUGGCCUCCAUCAUCAGAUGUGACGGAUGUGAAUGCAGCACAUCUUUCAGUAGAUAAAAGAGUGUUGGCAACUGGUGAUGAUUUUGGAUUUGUGAAGCUCUUUGACUAUCCAGUCAAGGGCAAGUUUGCAAAGUUCAAAAAAUAUGUCGGUCACUCGGCUCAUGUAACAAAUGUUCGAUGGACAUAUGACAAUUCUAAACUAUUGUCUGUUGGUGGUGCUGAUACUGCUUUCGUGGUGUGGAAGUAUGGUGGCGCUAGUGAACAUGACACUCAAGGAGGGAGUGAAGAAUCUGAUUCUGAAGUUGAAGAAGACAGUGGAUAUGACAGUGAUGUGCAGCGAGAAAGACAAUUGGACUACAAGGCCAAAACUUACUCCAGUCCAAUUCGUGAGAUGAGUGGUGUAAAGCCACACCUUCAACAAGUGGCAGAUGCUUCAGUACAACCUGCCGUCAGUCGUAGUAAGUCUCGUCCUCAUUCUGUUCAUUGUGCUGAGCCAACUGAUGGAAAGAAGCAUAAGAGUUCAGUGCAGGAUCUUGUGCUGGAUCACAUUCAUGGUUAUCGUGGAUUUGAUACACGGAACAAUGUACAUUAUGUAUCGGAUUCUGAAGUUGUUUAUCAUGCAGCUGCAGCUGGAAUUGUUUAUAAUCUCACCAAUUCAACUCAAACAUUUUACUUGGAGCAUACAGAUGAUAUCCUGUGUUUAACAGUUAACAGACAUCCUAAGCUACAGAAUGUUGUUGCUUCGGGUCAGCUGGGCAAGGAUGGACCUAUUCAUGUGUGGAAUUUGGCUAACAAGCAAACCCUAUCAAUAAUUCGAGGUCAUCACUCUGAUGGUGUUUGCUCUGUACAUUUCAGCUGCAGUGGCAAGCUACUGGUGUCAGUUGGACUUGACGCAGAUCAUACAGUUGCUGUCACAAAGUGGUCAGAUGGAACCAAGUUGGCUAGCAGCAGAGGACACAGACAGAGAAUAUUUGUUGCAGAAUUUCGGCCAGACUCUGAUGUGAAAUUUGUCACCUGUGGAGUGCAGCAUGUCAAAUUUUGGACUUUGACAGGCAAUCAAUUGGUUGGUCAAAGAGGCUUGUUAGGAGGAAAUGGUCGAGAUGUCAGUGAAGAUGCAGUCAAGAUGCAGACUAUGUUAUCAGUUGCAUUUGGAGCAGGCGAGACAACAUUUACUGGCUCAAUGAGUGGUGAUGUUUAUGUCUGGUCAGGUCAUGUAUUGGCUCGUACAGUAAGUCGAGCUCAUACUGGGCCUAUCUUUGCAAUGCACACAUGUUUAAAAGAUGGACUAGUUGUCACUGGUGCUAAGGAAAAGAGUGUAACUCGUGAUGGUGGCUGUGUCAAGCUAUGGGAUCAAGAAAUGAAGAGGUGUCGAUCUUUCCAGCUAGGAAAGGAUGGGCCACUUCAUUGUGUUGUCAAAUCAGUAUCAAGAAAUGGCAGAGGCAAGAUUUUGGUUGGAACAAAUGAUGGGAAUUUGUUUGAAGUUGUUGAGAAGGGAGGCAGCUCACAAAUGCUGCUUUCUAGUCAUGGAGAAGGAGAAAUGUGGGGAUUAGCCAUGCAUCCUGGAAAGCUUCAAUUUGUUACAGCCAGUGAAGACAAGAGUGUGAGAUUAUGGGAUAUAGGGUCAAAGGUUUUGAUAAAGAAGGCUGAUGCUGGUGCUCCUGCAUGCUGUGCUGGUUUUUGUCCUGACGCGUCUCUUAUUGCCACUGGAUUAACAAAUGGCGAGUUUCUUUUACUGAAAGGAGAUACCUUGGAAAUUGUGGCAAGGAAGAGAGAUCGAUGCUCAAGAAUUCAUGACAUUCGCUUUAGCCCUGAUGGUCAGCUGUUGGCUGUUGGAAGUGAUGACGGUAGUGUAGAUUUUUAUAGUAUUCGGCCAGGUGCACGACUUGCAAGAGCAGGCUACUGCAAGAACAUCUCAAGUGCUGUUCUACAACUAGACUGGUCGGAGGAUAGCAAACUGAUUAAAGUGAGCACCAGCACAUAUGAAACAUUGGUUUUUGCAGCUCCUAGUGGGAAUCCUGUGUCAAAGCCGGGAAGUACAGUGUGGGCCACAUGGACCAGCGUCCUUGGUCGAGAGGUCGUUGGAAUUUGGCCAAGAAAUGCAGACAAAGCAGAUGUGAAUUGUGCUCAUCUGUCUCACUCUGCAAAGUCUCUUGUGACGGGUGAUGACUAUGGUGUUGUCAAGCUAUUUGGUUUUCCUGUCACUGAAAAAUAUGCAAAGCACAAGCAAUACUUUGGCCAUUCUGCACAUGUUACAAAUGUGAGGUUCUCACAUGAUGAUAAGUAUUUGGUGAGCACUGGAGGUGAUGAUUGCUGUGUGUUUGUGUGGAGAUGCCAAUGAUGAAAUUCAUUGUGCUAUUGGUUUGCUGGUGUGUUUGCUAAUUAACUGUUUCUUAGUAAACAAUUUGUUACGUUAACAGCAAUGAGAGUAAGAUUAUCCAGUUUUAGAUAGUUGUUUAUGGAUGACAUGAUUUUAAUGUAUGGCGCUGCGACAUAAUUAGAUGCUUAACUGUACUAAUUGAACUGCUGGACUUCCUUGCGGCGUAUGAGCUAUUUCUGAAGUGAUGGGAAAACUGGUUUGCUGUAAUUUAAUUGUGAGACAGACUUUGCUGACUUUGAUGAAGUCAUUAGUAAACUGUAACCUUAGACUUGUUGCAGUCUGCUGAAUGUGUUCUAUUUUGCUCAUUCCAUAUUUGCAAUCACUUCAUUAAUGAAACAACUGCAAAGGUUUUUAUGUUUCA